GAGAGUUACUUCCCGUCCACUAAGUAACAAUGACAAAGAGAGUCGGCAUUUUAACGGAGUUCAAUUAUGAAGACCUUGAACUAUGGUACCCAUAUUAUCGGCUGAGGGAGGAGGGAUACGAAACAUUUACUAUCGGUCCAGAAAAAGGAAAGACAUACAAUUCCAAACACGGAUAUCCAUGCAAAGCGGAAGAGGGUAUUGAUGAAGUCAAAGCCGAGGAUCUCGCUGGGCUUAUCAUUCCAGGAGGAUUUGCACCAGAUUACUGGAGACGAGACAAAAGAUUCUUGGACUUGGUGAAAAACAUGUAUGAGUCAGGCAAGCCGACAGCUGCUAUAUGUCAUGGUGCUUGGAUGUUCUGCUCGGCAAAGAUUUUGAAAGGGAAAAAGCUUACUUGUUUUGUCGCCAUCAAAGACGACGUAGAAAAUGCUGGGGGGUUAUACGAGGAUUCACCAGUGGUUGUUGAUGGCAAUAUGGUAACGUCACGUCUGCCAAAAGAUUUACCAGAUUUCUGCAAAGCCAUUAUCGCUCAGCUUAAGAAGUAAUCAUUGAAAGUGUGUAACUUCUUAUAAAAAGAAAGAAAUAUUUAACUUUUUCAGUUUGUGUGGCGUUAUAAAUAACACCAUAUAAAUUUGGAAUGAGAUGAUUUUAUUAGUGAUUGCAGAUAGCACGUGAAGAACAACUGCAAAUGCAGAAGAAAGCAAAGAUAUAUUUGAAUGAAAAAUGAAUCAUUAUCUUGAAUAAAAUUCUAUUACUUUCAA